AUGAGAUUCAAACCAUGUGCGCUCCACCUCAUACGACGUCGUAGCCCGAACUUGGAGACGUCGGUUUCUCUCUUCAAUCCUUUCAUGGCUUCUCAAACUCAGCCCCUCUGCUCGCAAACGAUACCAGCCGAUGGCGACAAAAGUAGCAACGACGACGACGUUCUCUGCUCCGCCGAAAAUGCUGUUCCUCUCUCCGAGCUCGAAGCAGUUUCUCUUGGCCGUCCGAACGGGUACCUAACCGGGGAGGCCCGCAUCGAGAUGGCCUGGGCCCACUGGAACAAGUUGGGUCGGCCCAAACUCAUCGUUGCCCCCAUGGUCGACAACUCCGAGCUUCCUUUCCGGAUGCUUUGCCGGAAGUACGGCGCUCAGGCGGCUUACACGCCCAUGCUGCAUGCCAGGAUUUUCAGCGAGAACGAAAAAUACAGGUCCCAGGAAUUCACCACAUGUAAGGACGAUAGGCCGCUGUUUGUGCAAUUCUGUGCAAAUGAUCCGGGCAUCUUGCUGGAGGCAGCACGCAGGGUUGAGCCGUUCUGCGACUACGUGGACAUUAAUUUAGGGUGUCCGCAGCGUAUAGCAAGAAGAGGCAACUAUGGAGCUUUUCUCAUGGACAACCUCCCUCUCGUCAAAUCCCUAGUCGAGAAACUUGCACAGAACUUGAACGUGCCUGUCUCAUGCAAAAUCAGGAUCUUCCCGAAUCUCGAGGACACCAUCAAGUAUGCCAGGAUGCUCGAGGACGCUGGCUGCUCUCUCCUGGCUGUGCACGGACGCACGCGGGACGAAAAAGACGGAAAGAAAUUUCGUGCCAGCUGGCAAGCUAUAAAAGUUGUUCGGGAUGCCCUAAGAAUCCCAGUCCUGGCCAAUGGCAAUGUACGUCACCUGGAGGACGCAUACCAAUGUUUGGAGGAGACUGGCUGUGAAGGAGUGCUCUCAGCCGAGUCCCUCCUCGAGAACCCUGCUUUGUUCGCGGGCUACCAGACUGGAGAGUGGGUGUCAGGUGAGGGGUUUAAGAACGGCGGUUUGGAUGGGGCGGAUUUAGCAGUCGAGUACUUGAGGUUUUGCGAGGAGUAUCCCGUCCCGUGGAGGAUGGUGAGGUCUCACGUGCACAAGAUGUUGGGGGAGUGGUUUAGGGUCUGCCCGGAGGUUAGGGACGAGCUUAAUAAACAGUCAAAGCUAACAUUUGAGUUUCUUUACGAGUUGGUCGAGAAGCUUAGGGGGCUUGGCGUGAGGAUUCCUCUGUGCGUGAAGGAUAGCAGAAGUGAAUGUGAGUUAUUGUGUGCGGAAGGGAGUUCAGGGUGA